UUUAAUAGUGUCAGUCACUUGCGUAGUGCGUUAUGUGAAUACCAAACUUUUUGGAAAAUAUCUUUUGCUUAAUUGUUGAAAUAAGUACAAACAUCAAUAAUGAAAUUAUCGCAAGUUCUUCACAGACAACAUAUUGGAUUUAUGUUUAAAAAACACUGGGUAGUACAAGGAAAACGUGUGCCGAUUGAUUCUGGUGUCGAAGAUCAUUUAAAACAAAAAGGAAUUCCAGUUGUAGAUGCUUUAGAAUUCGUCAAAGAGAAACCGGAACCAAGAGACAGGAUUGAAAUUGUUGGUCCAUAUAAGACACCUAUUCCAUUAGAUAAUAGUCAUCCAGACUAUAAGGAAAGACCCUGUUUCACACUUAAAAAUACCACUGUACUUUUGGAAGGCAUUUCUCAAGCACAAGUCCUAACAAAGACGAUAAUAGCGGAAGAUAAAUUACCACAAAGAAUUGAAGAACUUGCUGAUUUACCAGCUCCUAAAGCCAUUCACAAAGGAGUUAAGCAAGUAAUUUUAAAUGCCAAUGUGUUUGAUUGUGAACAAAAGAAGUUACCAAAAAAGAAAGAUCCUGCAAGACCUGCUUAUAACUUUCCAAGAAUAUUAGGAAUAACAGAUAGACGGAGAAACAUCAUAUUAACAAACAAGUUACUUCAAUUAGUUGAAAAAAGUAAUGAUGUUGAAGUAACACAAAACAAAUAUGUGUUAAAUGAUGUGGAGAGUUUGAGUGUAUUUGACAAAGAAAAUGAUCUGAUACAGUUUCAAGAUGUGUCAAAUAUUCUAGUCACAAGUGAGAAGCCAUUGAAACACGAUUUAAAUGAGAGUGAUAUACCAUUCAUUGAAAUACCUGAUAUGUAUCCUGUAAAGCACACCGUAACCCUACCACCGCAACACUUUUAUUCAGAAAGUAGCCAAUACCCUAUCAGACCAAGUGUCACGAAAAAGCAUCCACACACGACCUGGCUUCAUUUCAAUGGCACAGAAGUGAGCAAUAUUUAUGAGACACCUGUCACUCCUGUACAAAUCCUAGGUCGCUCGCUAACCCACGCGUUCACAGUCGCCACUGCAUAUGCAAAACAAUUAUAUGGGGAGGAUGUGAAGGAUCUACCUGAACCUAUACACUUAAACUGCAUUCAAACAGAUGGCCAACGCUUUCAUUUUGGCGUAUUGGAGUUAAAAACUCUUAACUUAGAUGGUACUGAUGGCGUCAAGAAUGUAUGGUAUUGCAAAAACGAUCUAAAGUUAUACGAUUCUUGUCGGUACUUAAGUGGCAUGCCUGUUUUAGAAAAUUAUAACCCUAAAGUGUAUGGUUAUAUCAACGCCUUUUAUAAUUGUUGAAAAUUGUAUAUUUGUAGAAUAAUAAUUUAAUAAUAAAUAGAAUUUACCCAAAA